AUGGACAAUGGAGAUGGAAUAGCGGUUGGUUGGUUAGGGCAUCCUAUCUUUAGAGACAAAGAGGGGCAUGAACUUUUUGUACGUCGUAUGCCUACCUUUUUUGAAACUUUUCCGGUUGUUUUGGUAGACGGAGACGGAAUUGUUAGAGCACAUGUUCCUUUUCGAACGACAGAAUCGAAGUAUAGUGUCGAACAAGUAGGUGUAAUUGUUGAAUUCUAUGGUGGCGAACUCAAUGGAGUCAGUUAUAGCGAUCCCGCUACUGUGAAAAAAUAUGCUCGACGUGCUCAAUUGGGUGAAAUUUUUAAAUUAGAUCGUGCUACUUUAAAAUCGGAUGGUGUUUUUCGUAGCAGUCCAAGGGGUUGGUUUACUUUUGGACAUGUUUCGUUUGCUCUGCUCUUCUUUUUUGGGCACAUUUGGCAUGGUGCUACAACCUUGUUCAGAGAUGUUUUUGCUGGUAUUGAUCCAAAUUUGGAUGCGCAAGUAGAAUUUGGAGCAUUCAAAAAACUUGGAGAUCCAACAACAAAAAAACAGGGAGUCUGA